GUGACUACCGUGCAGUGCACAACGGCAGCAGCAACAUCGCAACUUUAUUUACAAACAAUCACAACACCAAAGCCAAACAUACAUUAUACACAAUGGCCGUGCAGGGUCAGAGAUUUAUGACCAAGACUCAGCAUUACCGAAAGGUAACCAAACCUCUGCUGGAGCGCAAAAGACGCGCACGGAUGAACUUGUAUCUGGAUGAGCUCAAAGAUCUUAUAGUGGACACAAUGGAUGCGCAGGGCGAACAAGUCAGCAAGUUGGAAAAGGCGGACAUUCUGGAGCUUACCGUCAACUAUCUGAAGGCACAGCAGCAGCAGCGAGUGGCCAAUCCGCAAUCUCCACCAGCCAUACAGGUUAAUUUGGACAAAUUCCGUGCCGGAUACACCCAGGCUGCCUACGAGGUCUCACACAUAUUCUCCACCGUUCCCGGUUUGGAUCUCAAGUUCGGCACUCAUCUGAUGAAGCAGUUGGGACACCAGUUGAAGGAUAUGAAACAGGAAGAAGAUUACUCCGAAAUGGCUGAAGAGCCAGUAAAUCUAUCCGAUCAAAAACGCUCCAAGUCCAAGGAAGAGGAUAUACCCCAUGGCGAAGAUGUCUGGCGUCCCUGGUGAAGAACAUCCCAAAUACACGCAACCAAUUAUACAUUGAUAGCUUUACUACUCGGUUUCAUGAAGAAACAAUCCAAGUUUUCCAAGGUCUAGUGUAAACAUUUGCCUCAGAAUCGUAUUUAGUUGGUAGUUGAUUUGAUAUGAUGUGAUGUUCCUGUGAUAGUUCUUAAGUUCGUAUUUUGUAUUUGAUCUCCCAUAGGCUUAACGAUUCAUGUAUUUAAUUGAUUGUAAUUUAUUUUAUCAACGUAACAAAGAGCUUCCCCACCGAGCUUCCACUUAGUUUCAUUAAGGAAAUAUACUCUUGAAUGCUUUAAAUUUACAUUUUUGCUUUACAACUUUUAAUGUAAGCUAUGAACACUGGAAUAAUAAAAAGAAAAUAAACCAAAA